AUGAGCCACCCAGGAGAUAUUGUUAUAGGUGGAACCUUCAUGAUUCAUUUGGAAAGAGUCUUUAAUGACCUAGAUUUCACAACUAAGCCCUCAGAGCUGCAAUGCCAAUUAUUUGCCACAGAGUAUUAUCAGAGCAUGCAGGCCCUGAUAUUUGCUGUGGAAGAAAUUAAUGCAAAUCCGGAACUCCUACCUAACACUACACUGGGCUACCAGGUUUUUGACACUUGUUUUACGUUGCGGAAAGCAGCAGAAGGGACUCUUUCGUUACUGUCGGGGGGUAAUGUUAUAACCCCAAAUUAUCACUGCCUCAAAGGGGCACCUCUUGCUGGUAUCAUUGGUGACUCUUGGACAACAACAUCAAUUCUUAUGGCCCAAAUCUUGGGACUGCAACGAUACCCACAGAUCAGUUAUUUUGCAACUAACCCAAUUCUCAGUGAAAGGAACCUAUUCCCUUCCUUUUUUCGGACAAUUCCUAGUGACGAGUUUCAAAUGAGAGGCCUGGCCCAGCUAAUCUCGCAUUUUGGAUGGACUUAUGUAGGACUUCUGGCCAAUGAUAAUGACUAUGGUCAGUUUGGACUUCAGACGGUUAAGCAGGAGAUAAUCAAUGGUGGAGGCUGUGUGGCAUAUGCUGAAAAUAUAUUGACUGGUCAACCCAAUAGGAAUGCUCCUCAUCUUGUCAAUGUCGUUAAAAAGUCCUCUGCAAAGGUGGUGGUUAUGAUAACUUCUGAUUUUGAUUUUGUGGCUGUUAUGGAAGAGAUGUUGAGACAGAAUGUGACAGGAAUAACCUGGAUAGCCAGUGAAGCCAUGUCAACGUCAAAUUUACUCUCAAAUGAAGGCUUAAAGGGCAUAGUUUUGGGCACCAUUGGCUUUGCGAUUCAUCGUGGGAAGAUGCCAAAAUUUACUGAAUAUCUCAACAGCCUCAGUCCUUCAAAAAACCUCAACGAUGCAUUUAUUGGUGAAUACUGGGAGCAGAUCUUCUCUUGUAAAUGGCCCGACAAGGAGAAUUUAAAUAUUGGAACAGAAAACAUAACAAUGAAAGCAUGUACAGGAAGGGAGAAGCUUGGGAGCCUUCUUACUGAAGAGUAUCAUAGAGUAUCUCUUAAUGUAUACACAGCUGUAUAUGCAUUGGCUUGGGCCUUACACAGUUUGCAAAACUGUUCUCCUGGCAAUGGACCAUUCCAGCAUGGGAGCUGCGCCAAUAUCUCAUCAUUUCACCCUUGGCAGCUUCUACACUAUGUUAACAAUGUAAGAUUCAAGGCCCAAGAUGGGAGCCAAGUAUUUUUUGAUGCAAAAGGAAACCCCCCUCCAAUAUAUGACAUUGUCAAUUGGUGUGCAAAAGACAAGGACAUCCUGGAGCCAGUUACAGUUGGAAGUUAUGAUUUAAAUGCUCCAGAUGGAAAAACCUUGAAUAUAGACACUGUUGGUAUUACAUGGAAUAACAAUGACACACAGGUUCCUGUUUCCAAAUGCAGCCCAAGUUGUACUCCUGGAUCUAGGAAGGUGAUAGAACCAGGGAAACCUCUUUGUUGCUAUGCAUGUGCCCGGUGUCCCCAGGGAUAUAUUUCAAAUCAAACAGAUGCUGUUGAAUGUCUACCAUGUUCCUGGGACUCAUGGCCCAAUCUACAAAGAACUAAAUGUAUACCAAGAACGACAGAGUUUCUUUCCUAUGAAACUCCCUUAGGUUUUAGCUUGGCAGCUAUCACCAUCUUCUCAUCACUGGUGCCUCUUAUUAUUUUGGGAAUUUUUAUGUAUUAUAAAGAAACAGCAAUUGUCCGAGCCAACAACUAUUCUGUUAGUUGUCUUCUCCUGCUUUCCCUGUUCCUCUGUUUCCUUUGCUCUUUAGGGUUCAUUGGUUACCCACAACCUGAAAAGUGUCUUCUGCGCCAGGUGGCAUUUGGGAUGGUUUUUGAUCUUUGUAUCUCCUGUGUUCUGGCCAAAACCAUCACUGUUGUCAUAGCCUUUAAUGCAACCAAACCAGGCAGCAGGUUAAGAAAGUGGACAGGGGUGAAAGUGCCUUAUGUCCUCAUUUUGUGUUGUGCUUUAAUUCAGCUCUCUAUUUGUUUGAUUUGGUUGAUUUUUUUCCAACCCUUUCAUGAACUUGACAUUGAAACCAAACCUGGAAUCAUUAUAGUAAACUGUAAUGAAGGAUCAUCAACAGCUUUCUGGUGCAUGCUGGGAUACCUUGGCCUCCUGGCCACCAUAAGUUUCAUUAUUGCUUUCCUGGCCAGACGCCUCCCUGACAGUUUCAAUGAAGCCAAAUUUAUCACAUUCAGUAUGUUGGCUUUCCUCAGUGUCUGGGUGUCCUUUAUCCCAGCCUAUCUCAGUGCACAGGGGAUGUAUACUGUGGCAAUGGAGGUCUUUGCCAUUCUAUCCUCCAGUUGGGCCUUGAUAGUCUGUAUUUUUCUGUCCAAAUGCUUCAUUAUAUUGUUCAGACCCAACAUGAACUCCAGAGAAAAUCUAAUGGGGAAAGGGAGACACUAUAGAUAA